AUGGGAAUCGAACCUGUGACGGCCGCGUCGAGGCCKGAGGCCUCCAUAUCUGCUGUUCCAGAUCUGUUCCGCGCUGCAGCYGAGGCCGGACCUCACGACAUCCUGAAGCUCUACAGCCCCGAAGGGAACAUCAUCAACAUCUGCCCCGGCCUGGAGCCCAACAGCGCCGCCUCCUGCUACAGGCUGGAGGUGGUAGCUGCCGACUGCCACAGCGAGCCGCUGGGCGCUGAGCUUGCUGGUGCGCUCGGAUUCGAUCUGUCCUCCAUGGAGAAAAGACUGCAGGGGCUGGAGAAGAAGGUCCUGUUUGCGGCGGGACAGACGCCUGCCGUCGUGCUGGAGAUGAAGAAACGGGUGGACUGGUUCCGGGAGAAGCUGGAGAGUGUGGAGCAUCUCAGCUGGCUGGGCUUCUACAAAGACCUGUCAGAGGGACGGCAGCAGCCAUCACCGUUCUACCACAAGAGGAGUCUGCACAAGACCAGGGAGGAGGUGGAGCGCGUCCGCGAGAAGGUCCUGCAGAUGAGCUCCCUGGAGGUCUCAGAGGAACUGAGGAGGUACCUGAAGACCCCCACCUUCGAUAACUGGCAGUGGGAGGACGCAGAGAUCAUGGUUCUCCUGCAGGUCAUGUUCACAGAUUUAGAUUUCAUCUCGUCCUUCAACAUCGAGCCUGAAGCUCUGCAGCACUUCCUGUUCGAGGUCUACAGACGAUACAACAACAUCCCGUUUCACAACUUCAAGCACUGCUUCUGCGUCACCCAGAUGAUGUACGGGCUGAUCUGGCUGACCGACCUGAGGAACAAACUGGAGGACAUCGACCUGCUCAUCAUGAUGACCUCUGCAGUCUGCCACGACCUUGACCACACCGGAUACAACAACGCCUACCAGAUAAACGCGCAGACCGAACUGGCUCUGCGGUACAACGACAUCUCUCCCCUGGAGAACCACCACUGUGCCGUGGCCUUUCAGAUCCUGCAGAGGGUGAGGCCACGACCUCUGCUGACCUCUAAAACCUUCAAAAUACUUUAUUUUCCCCCAAAUUCCCAUGUUUCUUGCUUUGAGCAGCUCAUGAUGAUCCUGAUCAAAGUGAGCGACAUUUCCAACGAAGCGCGGCCCAUGGAGGUGGCCGAGCCCUGGCUGGACUGUCUGCUGCAGGAGUUCUUCAACCAGAGUGACGUGGAGAAGUUGGAGGGUCUUCCAGUCAGUCCCUUCAUGGACAGAGACAAAGUGACCAAACCUUCAUCUCAAAUCGGCUUCAUCAGGUUCGUCCUGCUGCCGCUCUUCAUGGAGCUGGCCAACCUCUUCCCCUGCCUGGAGGUGAGCAGACAAAUACUGUAUGAAGAAAUCAUCUUCAGCCAAACGCUGGGCGGUCUGUCUGGAGGUCUGUCAGGCG